AAGCACUGGCUGCUCAGUGCUCACACAUUUUGCGGAUAAAGAGUUUAGACUGCAGAUUCACUGGCAGCAUGGCGACCGACAAGGAGGCACGUCUGGGCUCCAUCGAGAACCCGAUCAAGUUUAGGGAUCAGGACUUCCAGGCUCUCCUAGAAAAGUGUCUGAAGUCCGGACAGCUGUUUGCUGAUCCAACCUUUCUACCUGAGCAGAAGUCCAUCGGUUUGCCUGAAGAUCCUAACCCCAAAAAGGCGAUCAAGUGGCAGCGACCCAAGGAAAUCUCAAAGAACGCUGUGUUUGUGGAGGACACGAUUGGAACCACUGAUAUCUGUCAGGGCCAACUGGGCAACUGUUGGCUGCUGGCUGCCCUGUCCUGUCUCACCAUGCACCCCCAACUCUUUGUGAAGGUGGUUCCAGCCAACCAAAGCCUGUCCGAGCCUUAUGCAGGGAUCUUCCAUUUUAUGUUCUGGCAGUAUGGUGAGUGGGUGGAGGUGGUUGUGGAUGACAGGCUGCCAGUAUGCGAAGGCCGUCUGCUCUUCAGCUACUCUCGCACCCGCAACGAGUAUUGGAGCGCCCUGGUGGAGAAGGCCUAUGCCAAGUUAAUUGGAUGCUACGGAAGCUUGAAGGGGGGCAACAUUUCAGAGGGGAUGGAGGAUUUCACAGGAGGCAUCGCACGCUCGCUGAAGGUCACAUCUCGUACCCCUCGUGUCCUCUGGAGGUCUCUGACAGCCGCCCUGUCUCGAGGCAGCCUGCUUAGCUGCUUCAUUAAGGCCUGCAGCACCCUUGAGAUUGGUAAAGUGACAGAAAAGGGGCUGAUAAAGGGCCACGCUUACGCCAUCACCAACACCGACAAGGUGAUGAAAGUGUCAGAUGAGGUUUUGUUGUUGAAGCUGAGGAACCCCUGGGGUUUUGUCGAAUAUCGUGGACCCUGGAGUGACAAGGGUAAAGAGUGGGAUGACGUGGUCAAAGCAGAGAAGGAAAGAAUUCAGUUGCAACAGAACGAAGAUGGAGAGUUCUGGAUCAGUACUGAGGACUUCUGCAGCCUGUUUGACGUUGUGGAGCUCUGCAGUGUGAAUCCUGACAAUCUUGAAGAGGAAAACCCACCUGCCUCUACCUGGACCAUCAGUGAACAUCGAGGAUUCUGGUUACAGGGGAGCUCUGCUGGUGGUAGCCGCAAAUACAACCGAUCGUUCUGGAAAAAUCCUCAGUUCCAGUUGGUUCUAACGGAGGGGGACCACUCAGGACAGGUCUACGAGGGGGGUAGUAAUGAGAAUUAUGAUGAGGCUGAUGGUGAGGAUGAUAAUGAGGAGGAUGAAGAUGACAUGCUGAUCCCAGAGGACAAGAAGAAAGCAGAGAAACCGAAGCAGAAAGGCAGACAAUGCACCGUGCUGGUGGAGCUGCUGCAGAAGAACCGCAGGAAGGAUAUAGUCAACUUCCUCCAAAUAGCUUUCCAUAUUUACGAGGUUUCUCCUGAGCUCCAGGGUGCGUGUCUGACUCGCAGCUUCUUCAUGACUACUCGCCCUGUGGGUCGCUCUGGGAAAUAUAGGGCUCAGAGGGGUGUGUGGAAGAAGCUGCUGCUGGACCCGGGGAAGUACAUCAUCGUGGCGUCCACCUAUCAACCCAACCAGCCUGGAGAGUUCUUUGUCCGCAUUUUCUCCAAGACUGGAAACACUCUGGGGACUCAGGACUUUACCUGCUCCUCUGGCUUCCUCCAGCUUAUGGCAGCUCCCGUCUCCCCGGAGGAUCAAGCGAGAGUUCAGAAAACCUUUGAUGAAGAGGCUAGCCAAGAUGACAGACUGAACGCCAAGAAGAUCAUGAAGCUGUUCAACACAGCUCUUGACAAAAAUUACCAUCUGCCACUGGAGACAUGCAGACAGCUCAUCUUUGGACAGGCUACUAAAGGGCGCUCCAGUCUCAGCCGUAAACAAACAGAAACCCUGCUGUCUAGUCUGCGCCACCUGCAGUCCAUCUUUAUCAAGUUCGAUGAGGACUCUUCUGGGACCAUGAGCACCUUUGAACUCAGUACAGCACUGGAAGCUGUUGGGAUGCAGUGUGAUAGCAAGGUAGUUCAACUGCUGUCUGAGCGCUUUGCAUCUGGAGAGCUUCAAAUGCCCUUCCACGGCUUUGUGUCAUGUGUCAACAGGAUGCAAAAGCUUUUCGCUCUGUAUGAAUCAGAGACCAGUCAAGAAGUGAAAGACAGAGGGAUCAACCAUUGGCUGCUUCAGUUCCUGAUGCUGUGAAGAGGGUCUCCACAUGAGACCCAGCUGAGCCACAGCAUGCUGUUGAUUUUUAAACAAGGUUCAGCUUUAUUGUCAUGGAUUGCACCAUGAAAUGCAGUUGUACACACAGAAAAAAUAUAAAUUAGAAUAGAAUAAAACAAAUAAAUAAAUAUUGCAUACCAAUUAUAUGCGGAUGAUAUCCAGCUCCAUUUUUCAUUUAAACCCAAUAAGGCUUUUAGGUUAUCUAGUCUUCUUCAGUAUCAAAAUGUGCGGUGUAGGGAUGCGGUAGGA